CGACCCUCUUAAGCACUUGAUAAGGUCCAUAGUAUCGGAUCCCGGCAUCAAUGACCUUCUUAAACCUACUAUAUACUGGGACAUUCCUAGUCCUCGCACAUCGCCGUCACCACUGUCGCAUCCGUCUCCCGCUCCAGAGCAGAUGGGUUUCUUCGACUUGAACAUACCCUACCACGAGUCUGACCGCAACACCGUCGACAAAUCCUCCCUACAGAGUCGUCGAUUGAAGCUCGCCCUGAAAGCCAUGGAGCUCGGCUACACCGGCGUCGCAUACAAUCGCACCCUCAAGGGCGUCAUGUCCGAGUCCGAUCGCUGCUCCACUCCUUUGUUCCCUCUCUCUAAAAUCACUCCUUCCUCCUCCGCGUUCUUCUCUGCCGUUAAGUUCCACCGCGACCUCAUGAACAUCGCCGUUUCUUUCUCUUUCCGCCAGUACACUCGUCUCACGGUAAUCGUAGAUAUUGCCUCUCAGGCUUCGGCUCUUAAUGCCGGGAACCCUAUCCUCAGGAGCUAUGAUAUUGUUGCUGUUAGACCUAUGAACCAGAAUGCCUUCGACCAGGCCUGUCAAACCGCAGAGGUGGAUAUGAUCGCGAUUGAUUUCUCGGACAAGUUGCCAUUUAGGUUGAAGCAACCAAUGAUCAAAGCCGCCAUUAAGCGGGGGGUGUACUUUGAGAUCAAAUACUCUGGUCUUCUUUCUGAUGCACAAACAAGACGGCAAAUAAUAUCCAAUUGCAAGCUACUUGUAGAUUGGACACGGGGAAAAAAUCUGAUAAUCUCUAGUGCUGCCCCUUCUGUAACCGAAUUUAGAGGGCCUCAAGAUGUUGCAAAUUUGCUCUCUCUGCUUGGGCUCAACAGGGAACGUGCCAAAGCAGCUAUUUCCAAAAACUGCAGAUCACUCCUAGAAAAUGCAUUGAGGAAAAAACAGUUUUACAAGGAGGCUGUUAAGGUCGAACAAGUACCUUUAGGUGGACAACAACACUCCAUGUUCAGUGACUGGCUUAAAUGGGACCCUAUUUCUAGUGGCGAGGGAGAUUUGAUAUUGGAUGAAAUGGAGAAGUCUUUUGCCAUCUCCUGCACCCAAACGGAACCAGCGAAAGCCAUCAACUUCACCUGUAGUAUGAAUGGACUGCCGGCUCAUGGUUUGCAGAUCAAAGAAUUGUUAUCUGUGACUAAGCCAACUUUAGACUCUGAGCCUACUACAAUGGAAAUUGAGAAAUUUGCUUCUGUGGAAAAACCACAAGACUUGGGUGGCAUUAAUUCUUUGCAUGAAGAGCAAGGCAGCCCGCCUGAGAAUCAAGCCACUGUUACUUAUUCGAGUAAAGAGCAAGUAGCUGAAGGCCAAAUUUCGUCAUCUGAUGUCACAGAUAUAAAUCUGCCCACUGGCUGUCAAAGUCCGAAAACUUUGAAAGGUUAUGUUCCUGAAGUGCCUACUGGUCUUCGGGCUCUUCGAGAAGAGGGUCAAACGUCUUUUGGAUAUGAGGCUUAUGGUACUGAAGGUUUUGCAGUGCCAGCUCUACCAACUCAUAAUGGCGCUUGUUCUAAUCCUGUAGAAACUAUACCAAUUCCAAGCGAAAACGUGACAUAUUUAAAUGACUUGAAAACAAACCUUGUUGCAUCUGAAAUCCAUUCACCAUCUGCGCUAUUUGCAGGAAACAUUUUACAUGAUGGAGGAGAAGAUACUAUAAUUGCUCAAAAAAUUGUCACAGAUGGUAGUAUUUUGGAAGAAAUUUCGAGUUCUUUGGAUGUAAAUAAGUUUCCUGACUUCACAUUGGAAGUUUCUAAUGUUGAAAAUCGUUGUGGUGUGGGUUUAUGUGAAAGGGAAGUGGUUCCUGCUGACUUAGGGGCUACUGAGGUUGGCCGUGAAAAUAAACAACUGCUAUCCUCUGAUGCCCCUGCUCAAGAUGUAAAUCUGGAAGGAGGAAAAAAUUCUGAAAAUAAUCAUUUUACAGUUGAGUUAUCUGAUGGCUUUCCCACCGCGGGACUCGUAAAUUUAGAAGCAGAUGUUAAUGAUCCAAUUCCCAAUCUUGUGGUGGAAGAGAGGAUGCAAUUGGAUUCUGUCACUAAUAAUUAUCGAGGCCUUAUUGAAUGUCGAGCAGGAAGAAGAAGGAAACGAAAUUCUCGUCACCGACCUCUCUUGUUUCCGUUCAAGCGUUUUUUGAAUCAUAGGUUUUGUAAGAGGAUGUUCCGGAAGUGAAAGGCACAAACUAUCUAGUAUGUAAUAUCGACUAUUAGAUUUUUCUGUUUUCUAAAAUAUGUGCGACUUAGAUACAGCUACUGCUUAAUAUUCGGGAGUAGUUAUGAAAUUUUGAUUCGAUCAUUUCAACUUCAUUUUCAUUAUGUUAUUGCCAUCGGUUUCUCAAUAGUGGAAAGUGGAAAUCUUGACUCUGUGUGUU